AUGAGGCACAUUGCCUCAUUCAUCCAUGUUAAACUGUUUGCGGUAGUCUCUAAGGCACUGGAUUUCGGCUGCUCGGCUGGGCAAAUAUGUCUAUUUUGUAAUGUCGGAAAGUACGCCAAGUCAAUAGCGGCAACGACGACAGUCGAAUUGGGAAAUCAAAUUCGCAUGAGUUCUUGA